AAUUGCAUUGAUAACCUUCUUGUCAACAGAUUUCAGCAAAAAUUAUUCAGCAAAGAAGACAUGGAGUUGCUGAUUAGGCAGAAGCUGUCUGAUGCUGAGAAUUACCAAGACACAGAAGCUUUACAAGAUACUUAUAAGCUGAUUAAAUCUGCUAAUGAAGGAAAAUCAGCCCUUGAUUCCUCAGAGAGUUUCUGCUCUGACUUGUAUGUUUUAUGUGCAGAACAAGCACUUCAGAUGGGGUUUCUGGAAAUGAGCAGUGAAUGUCUACAAAUGUAUUUUAAAGAAAGACCUCCAGUUAACCAGUUUUUGGGUAGAGCAUACUUGUGUCAGAGCCAAUUAUAUACCCCUGUGUCUACUGAUAAUGUGGAACAAUUUAAAAAAUUCGUUACGAGCCUGGUGAAAUCAGUAGACUUUGCAUUAGAUGAUGGAAGGUACUAUUUUUUGAUAUAUAAUGCUUCAAUUAUCUACUGGAGGAUUAUCAGGCCAUUUUGUAAACCUGGUUUCCGGCAUUUUCUGAUUCCAAGCCUGUCUCGAAUUGUGUCUGCAUUGCAUCAUGCUGAUGAGCAAGACAAGGAUUGGACAGCAGAACUCAUGAUAGAGUUGCUUGAAUGUUUCCUGGAUGCUUCCAGAUUAGAGGAUGCCAUGAUAUUUUUGCCUACUGCAAAACAAUUCAUUAAACAAAAUGUUCCAGAGAGAUACAAAACAAUACUUUCACUAAUGGUGCGUCACAGACUAGUAGACCCUGUAGAGCUAGAAGAUGAUAUUGAAGACUCUGUUAAUUUGAAAACCAUUUAUAAAAUCCAGAAAAUCAAAGCAGAGUUCGAUGCAAAUGGGAUUCCAGAAGCAGCUGGUACAGAGUUGACUCAUAUAUAUGAAUAUAUGAAGGAGCAUAGAAGGAAACUAAGUGCUACUGAAAAAUUUUCUUUGCUGAUGGAAUUGGCUCGCCUUUCUUUGAGAUUAGGCUGUGUACCUGUUGCAUUUUCAUGCCUAUCUGACCUAAGGAAAUUUAAGAUUAAAGACCAAGGAAAACAAAUUGAAUUAGAAUGUUUGGAAUGUGACUAUGAAGUCCAAAAGCUUGGAGAUAAAAUUGCAACUUAUUCUAAAAGUGUUGUUGAGGCUCAACUAAAAGUAAUACAGAAACUGGAUCUAAUUUUAAUUCGUGCGAUUCGUCUGAAAAACGGGAAUGUUAUUCAGGCAGUCUGUGCUACCCAGUGGAAUCUCUGCUUACCGUUGCUGCAACACAACUUGCAACAACAUGUACGAAAAUCAUUGCUUGCUAUUGCUGAGAUCCUAGAAGAGAUUGACAGCACGCUAGUUCUGUUACGCUGUCAAGUUCAUAUGGAAAUUGCUCGCAUAGAAGAAAACGGAGACAUAAUUGAGGCUGCCUUGGAACAUUUGCAGAAAGCCAUUUAUCUUGAUAACAAUGGACAGUAUAGUGAAUACCUUAAAAUGGCAUUCCAUCGACUUAAUUUAAAUACCAUUUUGUACAAGUCACCAGAACGCAUAGAAGACCAAGCAUGGUUGAUGGUUGAACAGGCAAAGAAAGGAACGUCAAAAGACAGUGUGAGGAAGAAAAGGUCUUUGUUAGUGAAUGCAGGCCUUGCACUGGCUCCUGAAUCAUUUCAGAUUGUCCUGGAUAGUGAAAACGAAGCUAAAGUGGCCUCAAGUAAAAGUAAGGGUCAAAUCAGUUACCUCUGUGCAAAAGCUGAUCAUCAUAGCAGAAGUGUGCAGAAAGCAGAAGGACACCUGAAGCGAAUACAAAAUGAGAAUGACAAAGAAAGAAUCAGACUCUGGUCAGAAAUAGCAAAAACAGCACGGAAACAAAGUGUAUGGGAUGUGUGUCGAGCUGCAUGUAGAUUCUGUGUCUUAUACGAUGACAGCCAAAUGAAAAAGGAGUCAAAGCGCAAAAGAGCAACCAAGAAGAAAAGUGCAGUAGAAAAUGAGCCAGAAGAGAAUGUACAAGCAGAAUCACUCUCACCCUGUAAAGUAUUCUCUUUGGAAAAAGAUUUACUCAGAACACUAGCAGAAAUAAGAUUCAUUAAUGCAGAGGCUACUGUUCAUUUGCUAAGAACGGAAGGCAUCCAACUUAACAAUCGUGCUGUCCACCCUGGAGAUGCAAGUCAGCAAUCAACAGGACAUUCUGUGCAUCUUGAACGUGACUCAGAAUGGAAUACCUACAGCACUUGGAUCAAUGGUUUGUCUCAAUAUACUAUGGAAAACUUUCUGCGGGCUGCCAAAAUUGGAGAAGAAUUAAAUGAAGCAUGGAUUGUUCACAAUGCUGUGGUAUAUGUUUUAAAUCACAAUGAGCAUUUGAUUGCUUCAAGAAGACAAAGAGAAAUUGUGGACUCCCUGCAGAUUCUUUUUAGCACAAUUAAGAAUACUGGGCACUGUGGGAACACAACUCUAUUAGUGACCUUAUGUAAUGCUCUGGCUCGAGGCCUAAUUCUUCCUUGGAUUCCAAAACCAGUUUUCAAAACCGAUGAAAACAAAGUUACGGAAGAAGGACCUCCAAAACGUAAAAAACUGUCAAAAGUACAUGAAAAAUCAUUUACCACGUCAUCUUUGUCUGUGGAUUCAUCGGGCUUCCCUGACCUUAAAGCAGCCUUAGAGGUGUGUGAAUUUGCUAUGAAUUUGCCAAGUGGAAAUGAUGAGCUGGUGCCCAUUGCUGCACGUCAACAGGUUAUUGCUACCUGGGUGAAAGUGAAACAGUUACUUCACCAUCAGAUUGGAAGUCGGCAUGGAGCAGAAGAUGAGACUAAUGAUGAAGGGACAAGUUCCAUGACAAAAGUUUUUAUUGGUCUGGAAAUGUACUCAUGCAGUGGUUUGGGUCUCAUGGAGUUUACACUUCCCAAUUUGCCUCAGUUGUUCAAAAUGACUUUAGAAUGCAAUUGGCCAGAUCCCCUUGUGGAACUUCAGACGCUGACCAGACUUGCACAUUUUGCACUCACUGUCCAUGACCAUGAAUUAGUGAUGACAUGUUCUCAGAAGAUUUUGGAAUUAGGUGAUGAAUCACUGUACAACACAGAAGUUAAUAAACAAGGAAUGAAUGAUUACAUAGUGAGACAAGAAAUGCUAAGUAUUGCUGCUUGUACUCAAGGGAAGAGUAUAAUGGAGAACUUGGCAGGAAAAAAGCAAUUACGUUUAGUAGCAUCAAAAUCCUUUGUUAAAAGCACAAGUUAUGCAGCAGCAGUAGGGAAUCUUGCUCUUGCAAUGAUAGCAAGUAGACAUUUCUGGAAUGCAUGUUUACCUUUCAUUGGCUCUCCAAUAGACAGACAACAGCUUAAAAAUCCCACUGAAAUCAUUCUCAAAAACAUCAUUAAAGCAGCAGAAGCCAAAAACAAGCAGGGAAGGGAACGUUUGGUAUAUUUACAUCAGUGGCCUACAGCUGAAUUUCAAAGCAGCAGUUUGUCCGAUGGGCAUUUUUAUCCAGGUGCAGAUGAGGAUUUGACACUGAGAACAUUUUUGUAUAUAUUAUUAUUCCAAGUGUAUGCUGAUAAAAAUGAUUGGGAAGCAGGCCUUAAAGUGUUAGAUGAAGCCGUUCAGAUUAUCCCUCGAAGUAAACACAGACUUCCAAUUUUUAAACAUAUGUUAUUGGUGAAGGCCAGACUUGGACGUAACUAUAUAAUGGAAAUUCAGAAAUUCAAGGAUGAAAGUGAGGACUACUUAUCCUAUAUGUGGCGUCGUUUGGCACUAGUAUCAUCAGACCUUGCAGAACAGUUGUCCUGUUACCAAAACGCAAUUGAAGUUUUACAGAAAAAAGAAUUUGAAUUAAAGAAAGUUGAUAAUUUACUAGAAUUUGCAGAAUGGCUGUACUGUAACCAGUUUCCUCUUAAUGAAGCCAUUAAGUGUGUGGAUUGGGCAAUAAGUAUUUUGCUGCAUCUGAAACCUGUCACAAAGACACUUGAUGAUGAAGAUACAAGCAACGAAAUUACAGUUGGAGAUUUUAAAAACAUAAAACAGUUAGAAGCUUUACUUAGAGCUCAUACAUUAAAGGCUGUCAUUUCUGGCCAUGAUUCGCCUUCUCAUGAGCAGCACUGUUUGAUGGCAUACACUUUCGUGGUUCGCAUAUGGCAGGUUGUAUUGUCUUCAGCAGGGUCUGUUUUGAAGGCAUCAGGCAAAGCCUCCCCACCACAAGCAGUGACUCCCAAAAAACAAGGAAAAAAGGAUACAAAACGAAAUUCAUCAACAAGCCCUCCUAGAAAAGAGAAACUCUCUAAAGAUGCCAAACAGGCACAAUCAGUUGCAAAAGAGAAGCCUAAACGGAAAGGACCAAUAGAAGCCUUACCAGCAAGUGUGGAGGAAUGGGCUAGCUAUGACUGUCCGGAUGAAAUCAGGGAUUCUUUUAAACAGGACUCAAGUAUCUUUGCUCUGAGCAUCUGCAACAUUGUAGCUCCUACACGUUCCUUAUAUUACCUAGACCUGUUAUUUAAGGAGCUACAGACAAUUUUGUGUAUUCACUUAACCCUUCCGGUUCUCCAUCUGGCUGAGGUGAUUGCUCAUGAUGUCAUAGAAUGCAAAAGUCUAUCAGAUCUCUACCAUCUUCGAAUUGCUAUUGUAUGUUCAGAAUUAAAAUUGUGUCAAGCAUCAACUUAUCAUGAGAAGGCAGUAGGUGAAGUAUUCAUCAGUGAAGUAGAACAAGGAAGGUUCAGGCAUGAAAUCGCACUGAAAAAGGAGAAAGAAAUGCAGACUAAGCAGGCAGAAAAUAAAUUAUUUGACUGCGCACAGCCAGGUGAUAUGGGUCAAUGUAAAAAAAUAGUUACUGCAAAAGAGCAGAUCUUGGAAGUAAAUAGUGUGACUGGCAAAGGCAUAAGUGGCCUUUCCUUUCCAUACUUGUGGAUGGACAAAGCUGAAGUCCUAAUCCAACUGUGUUUAUAUCAGCCAGCAAGACUUUUGCUUUCAGAAGCACACCAAGCAAUCCAGGAAAUGAAUAACCCAUGUGCUAUAUCACGGUGCCUUUAUCUUCUAGCUAUGUUAGCUAACUUGGAGAAGAACCAUGGGCAAUCAAAAGCACUGCUUGAGAAGGCACAGAUGAUAGGAGGAAAUGAGCAUUUCUGGUACAAUAGCACCUUGUGUUUCACGGAUGCAAUUUUAGGGGAAGAUAAGGAAAGAAAAGAGAAAAUGAUGCAAUCUUGCCAACUUUUGCAAAAAACUGUAAAUGUCAUGAGACCAUUAUUAGUGGAGAGACCUAACAGAGCAUCUAUUGUAGGUAUAAUAAUUGCACAUCUAGAAGCCAGGAAAGUAUAUAUUCAGAUAGAUUUUAUCCAGGAUUUAAUCAAUACCAGUCCUAAGUCUGCUGGGUUGACAGGAAUGCUACUGGAACCCUAUGAUAAAUUGAUAUGCAUUGAGAAGGACUUCCUUUAUUAUGGAUAUAAAGACUGCAGUGCAAAGACCUUGAUGGCACGUGCAGAUAUUCACAGGGUGCUUGGUAAACAUGCAUCAUACACUAUAGACAAGCAGAGUCAUUACCUAGAUGCAUACAGAUCAGCUGAGGAAGCAGUAUCCCAAAUGGAAGAGCUUUUUCGGUACAUUAGUAACUUAUUUCCAGUUAAUGAGACUAGAAAUAUUAAUACUCCAUUAAUGAGAAGCAUUGCUACUAUGAAGUUGAGCCUUUUAGAGAUCAUGUUGGACAUUCUAGUUCUUAUGAACAUUGAGAAGAAAAAGAAAGAAGCAAGAGAAGGACAAAUUGAGCAAAUCAUUGAGGACUUUGUAAGAUUCACACCGGAACCUGGUACUGUGGAGCAGGCAUGGCUAACCUUAGGCCAUACCAUUAAACAUAAUAUCCAGGCUCAACUAACAAGUCUGCAGAGUCUGUAUAUGGGCUGUCUUGAUAUCAAAGCUAAAUACCUCCAUCUCAGUGGGAAGUUUCAGCGUUUACUUGCUGACCGAACUCAUCCCUUCUCUUCAGAUAUUUUCUGGUGUGAAAAUGCUGUGGAAGAAGCUAAACGUAACUCUCUGAAAUCUGCCACAGCAGAAGCAAAUCCAGAAGCAGAGCCAGUUGAUGAUAGUAACCUGGUGGCUAGUAUUUGUUCACUUACUAAAAAACAGCUUGAUGAGUACAAAAGAAAAGGCAUUGAAUUAAGGAACAGACAGGCUUGCACACAGAAAUACCUUUGUCAGUCAAGUGAAGUUUUGCUACAGUGCAUUAAUGUUGCAAUCAAUAAUAACCUUCUUAACGUCGUGGCUGCUGCUAGUUUGGAAAUGGUGGAGUGCUUAGGAAAAUUUGACCCAGUUUCAGCAACUCAGUUUUUGGCCCUUUAUCAGAGCUGUUUGGCAUCGGUGAUGAUAAAAAAUAUCCUGAUGUCAGCUAGCUGGAAUACUAGCAGUUCACAGUUGUCGGCAAUGUUGCAUCUGCAGCACUAUCUCCAACAAAGAGGAAAUACAACAAGCAGUCUCCUAAAAAAUGUGGAGCAGAGGUUAGCUGCUGUCUCAAAGGCAUGGGGAAACCUUUGCAUUUCUGCACAGCACUUUAAUAUAAUGAAUGAAUUGCCACCACAGUUUCAUGUAAUCAUUCUACAGCACUCAGAAGACAGAUCUCUCCUGUAUGGGGCAGUUGUUGAGAAAGUAAAAUCAACCAAUCCGAAGGAUCUGCGAGAACAGAAGGAAAAGGGGGGGCAGCAGAAGGAAAAGAGUGGGAAGCAGAAGGAAAAGGGAGGGCAACAGAAAGGAAAACCUGCUCAACCUACAUUACAGGCUAAAAUUGCCCGGUCCCCUGUGGAUUCUGAAGCAUUCUUUAGUUUGUUGGAGAGGGUAAAGCUUUUCAAACAGAAGAUGAAGAAACUUCGGAAGAAAAUAGCAGAAAAGCUUGAGGAAGACAAAAAUGAGUUACAACAAGGGCACGAGCCACAGAUCAAAUUAGAAAUGAUUAUAGAAGAAGAAAAUGAAAUUUGUACAUCAGAAUUCCAGGCUAUAUUAAAAGAUAUGGAAGAAUAUCUUAACCCUGUAUUGUCACAGUUUAAUUUCUCUGAUCUGAGGCAGCCAAGUCCAGCAGUUUCUCCGACUGAAUCAGUAAAAUCCAAAACUGCUGACUCAGGAAAGUCCAAAAAAGGAAAAAGUCCAAAAGGUGACUCAGGAAAAAAUAAAGGAAAUGAGUCAGGGAAACAAAAAACCAAAAAUAAGGAGAAAAACAUUACAACUCAAGCUGGUGCUCCAGAUAUGGGAGAGUGUGUGAUACUACUGGCAGACAAGUAUCUUAUGGAGCUACCUUUAGAAUCAUUGAGUAUUUUUCAAGAGGAUGCAAUAAGUUCCGUGUCCAGAGAUUUUUCUCUCCAGUUUUUGUAUAACCGCAUACAUAAAGAAGAAUCAGAAAAUGAAACGAAGAAGGAUGCAAAGGGUGCAAAAGAGCCAAAACAAAAAGGUGAUUCUAAGAGGGGCAAGCUGCAAUUUACAAUUAAUCGUGUUCUUCCACCCAACUGCAUUUCAGUGGAUAUACAUAAUGUUAAAUAUAUUGUUGAUCCAUAUAAUGAUGCAGAAGAAACAGAUCCAGAAAGUCCUAUUCAAGUGUUUAAGUCAGUCCAAGACAGAUAUGAACAAUUUACAUUACGCUGGGAUGGAGUUCUUGGUAUUACACAUGUUCCAAGUCAAGCUGAAUGGGAAUACUUAUUGAGUAACUGCAGUGCGUUUCUGUUCUCUGGAAUGGAAAGAUUGUUCGCUCACAUAUUUUUGGACAGACUGACUGCUAUGAACAUCCCAGAAUGUCAGAUCAUGAUACUUUUAGAUCUUGUGUAUACAAAAGAAAGCAGUGCACGGGUAUCAAAUCUUUAUGAAGAUAAAAGUUCUUUGCGCCUGUCUCUGGAGAUGCCAACUGAGACAGCCAUCAUUCUGAGCCUUAUUGGAGUGCGUGCCAUCAUAGCCAAUCAAUGGUAUACUUCCAUGGGAGAGAAUGCAGCAAGACUAGAAACACUGUAUGAGAAUUUGUUAAAAAUAGGCAAAACAACUGGACAGACUAUUCGUGUUCUUCAAAGGAGCAAGACCACCACUGAAGACUCACUGAAAGAGGAGACUCCUGAAGACAAGAAAGAAGAACAGAUUGAAGUGAAAAGCCCUGAUCGGCUAAGCUGUCCGGUGAUAGAGCAUUCAAAGUUUAAUACUGUUUUAUAUGGACUGCCUAACAUGAUAUUUAUGUAAUCACAAAUUGUUUUAUAGAUAAUAAGAAAUAGUUAGAGUGAAGUGUAGAAAUAUUUCUGUUGGAAGUUGUUAAAAAUAAAAGCUCACAAAAUUUUGA